AUGUCUGUGCCUUCGUCAAAACCCAUCUACGCUCGCACAUUAUCCGGAACAGUCCCUGGUCUCUUUGAUCCAAGUCAAUCGGAGCGCUUGCAUCAUGUGCCAGGCUCAACAAUUACAUUCGCGUCCUUCCACCCCCUCUCCGCCUCCUCGCAAUUCGACAUAGGCAAUAUCCGUAAUUUAUCUCUAAAUGAGGAGCUCUACCGUCCGAAGCGCAUUGUCAUCGAAACAUUCCCCGGAAGAGAUGGCGGGAGCUUCUGGCGGUUCGUUCCCCGUGCCCGACGCGACCCCGGGGUGGAGAACGAGGGCUCGUGGCCGCGGGUUAUAGACCUCUGCGGUGAACUCGUUCUGUGUCACCAAGACCAGUGGGAUAUCUACAAGCUCGAUCCAGAGUAUGACUGUUUUGUGCCAAUUCCGCCCCAGAGGACGGUCAUCUCGCGGAAGAAAGGUAAAGAAAAAGCGCACACGGAGGGCUCUUCCCGCCCUUUGCCCAACACCAAACGCCAUCCGCCAACUCCAUCAUCCGAAGAGGGGAAACCUCGCAAGAAACCUCGGCCCACUGUCACGAUUAGUGAUUCGAGCGAAGAUGAACGAGAGCCUUUCCCUGUAGUGUCAAGCUCCGACGAUGAAGAGGACGAAGUCGAGGAACUAGUUGCUGGCAAGAAUAGCAGAGAUACCGCGCCGUUCCAUACAAAAGUCCAUAGCAGUAGAUCCGGUCCUGGAUGGCGCCCUGGAAGGCCCCGUGAGCAUAGAUGGAAACAGAAUAGUACGGCACCCACUGCUAGAACGAAGGCUACCGACCUCGGCUCAGUACAGGAUCAAGAAAUGGUCGAUCUCACAAUGAUAGAUGAUGAACCCCAUCGGCGCGAACAGGCCAUGCCAUCCGCAAGUAGCUCAAAACGAAAGGUGUCUCAAGAAGCCGGAUUCAGUACCGGUUCUUCUCAAAAGCAUUCUCCUAGUCGUACUCCAGAUCACAUGCCAGAACAAGCUACAAAGCGUGCCCGUACGAGAUCUCCAGGUGCAGAUCGACGCGAGAAUGGAGGGAAGCGUGCUGCGCGGGGGAAGAAGCGUAUUGUCCGGCUGCGAGAGCGCGCCACCAGAUGGAACGGCGCAUGGCAUGAUUCGUUCUGGACUAGUGUCAUGGCUGAUGUACCUCCAGCUUUCUGUGGGCUCGGGCAUUCAGACGACAAAGACGCCAGUACCUCGAAAGAAAGCAGUCAAGAAGCUCAUUGGGCAGAAGCCAACACGGAGAUGGACGAAGAAUUUCAACGCUGGGCAGCAAUCGAAGAGUCGCGGCGAAAGUUAGCAGAGCUUGAAAAAGAUAAGCCUCUCUGGGAAGAAGCCGCACGGAAACGCAGGGCGGCGGAGGUAGCAGAGGAGCGGGCGAAUCGUGCAAAACGGGAGGCGGAGCAUCGUGCUGCGGAAGCGGAGAGGCUCCGCAAGGAGCAGGAGGCAGCACGCGCUGAAGCAGAGCGGAAAGCAAAAGAGAAGGCACAGAAGGAGCAAUCGCGUCGUCGGAAUCAGCAGCAACACCGAUGGGCGUAUGGGCCCUGGACCACACAGCGGGCUCUAGAGCGGUACAAAUCGCUUUGUGAAACUUUUGACAACGCUAAGUUCACAACAGAUGAGCCAGUCUCGUUCGACUUCAUCCCUUGGCCAGUGUUGCGCUCUCCGGCGAUUCUUACCGUGGAAGACAUUGAUUGGGCGGCCGUGGAGACGUUCUUCAAUACAGUUAAGAUUCAUAUGCGCGGCCAAGACUACAAGCUAUUUGUGGAGAAGAGUCAUAAGCGUUUCCACCCAGACCGGUGGAGAGCCCGGGGCAUUCUUAGGAGUAUCGAAGACGAUGAGGUUCGGAAUUGUUUAGAGGUUGCUGCAAACACUGUUGCACAAGCUAUCACACCAUUGUGGAGGGAGGUCAAAAGCGGGUAA